CCCGGAGAAUCCGCCGUCACCGCGCAGGUGCUCGCGGCCGCCUUCGUCCUACAGGGCCUGGUGGUAACAGAACGAUUAUUUCCAGCAAGAGGAAUUUUUCAUCCAACUCUGAUGACGGCGCUCAAGGCGUAAAUCUCCGUAUUUUAAAGGAAAAAUAAAAUCUCUAUGAACUCUUCUUCCCUAGCCCCUUUGCUCUUACCCCGUCGGAAGCCAACAUGUCCCUGAAAAAUGAGCCGAGAGUAAAUACCUCUGCACUGCAGAAAAUCGCUGCUGACAUGAGUAAUUUGAUAGAAAAUCUGGACACGCGGGAGCUGCACUUUGAGGGAGAGGAGGUGGAUUAUGAUGUGUCUCCCAGCGAUCCCAAGACACAGGAAGCGUGUAUUCCAUUCUCGGCUAUUUAUAAGACUCAAGGAUUUAAGGAGCCUAACAUACAGACGUAUCUCUCUGGCUGUCCAAUAAAAGCCCAAGUCCUGGAAGUGGAACGCUUUACGUCUACAACAAGGGUACCAAGUAUCAAUCUUUACACUAUUGAAUUAACACAUGGGGAAUUUAAGUGGCAAGUUAAGAGGAAAUUCAAGCACUUUCAAGAAUUUCACAGAGAGCUGCUCAAGUACAAAGCUUUUAUCCGAAUCCCCAUUCCCACCAGAAGGCACACGUUUAGAAGACAGAAUGUCAAAGAAGAGCCUCGAGAGAUGCCAAGUUUUCCCCGUUCAUCUGAAAACAUGAUCAGAGAAGAACAAUUCUUUGGUAGAAGGAAACAACUGGAAGAUUAUUUGACAAGGCUACUAAAAAUGCCCAUGUAUAGAAACUACCAUGCGACAACAGAGUUCCUUGGCAUAAGCCAGCUGUCUUUCAUCCAUGAUUUGGGACCAAAGGGCAUAGAAGGUAUGAUAAUGAAAAGAUCUGGUGGACACAGAAUACCAGGUUUGAAUUGCUGUGGUCAGGGAAGAGCCUGCUACCGCUGGUCAAAAAGGUGGUUGAUAGUGAAAGAUUCAUUUUUACUAUAUAUGAAACCAGACAGUGGUGCCAUUGCCUUUGUCCUGCUAGUAGAUAAAGAAUUCAAAAUUAAGGUGGGGAAGAAGGAGACAGAGACAAAAUAUGGGCUCCGAAUUGAUAAUCUUUCAAGGACACUUAUUUUAAAAUGCAACAGCUAUAGGCAUGCUCGGUGGUGGGGAGGGGCUAUAGAAGAAUUCAUCCAGAAACACGGCACCAACUUUCUCAAAGACCAUCGAUUUGGGUCAUAUGCUGCUAUCCAAGAGAAUACUUUAGCUAAAUGGUACGUUAAUGCCAAAGGGUAUUUUGAAGAUGUGGCAAAUGCUAUGGAGGAGGCGGAAGAAGAGAUUUUUAUCACAGACUGGUGGUUGAGUCCAGAAAUCUUCCUGAAACGCCCAGUGGUUGAAGGAAAUCGUUGGAGGUUGGACUGCAUUCUCAAACGAAAAGCACAACAGGGAGUGAGAGUCUUUGUAAUGCUCUACAAAGAGGUGGAACUUGCCCUUGGAAUCAACAGUGAAUACAGCAAGAGGACUUUAAUGCGUCUACACCCCAACAUAAAGGUGAUGAGGCACCCAGAUCAUGUAUCAUCCAGCGUAUAUCUGUGGGCCCAUCAUGAGAAGCUUGUUGUCAUCGACCAGUCAGUGGCCUUUGUGGGUGGGAUCGACCUGGCCUACGGAAGGUGGGAUGACAAUGAACACAGACUCACAGACGUGGGUAGUGUGAAGCGCGUCACCGUAGGAUCGUCUCUGGGCUCCUUCACAGCUGAAACAACAGAGUCCAUGGAAUCCUUGAGCCUCAAAGAUAAAAAUGAAUCUAGUAAAAAUCUGCCCUCCAUGAAGAGUGCUGAUGAUAUGGAUUCAAAACUGAAAGGAGUGGGAAAGUCCAGAAAGUUCUCUAAAUUUAGCCUCUACAGGCAGCUCCACAGGCACCACCUGCAGGAUGCAGAUAGCAUCAGCAGCAUUGACAGUGUCUCGAGUUAUUGUAAUCACUGUAGAAGUCGUCAGAAUUUAAUCCAUGGUCUAAAACCCCACCUGAAACUCUUUCACUCUUCCAGUAAGUCUGAGCAGGGGCUCGCUAGACCUGACGUGGACACCAGCUCCAUCCGCAGUUUGCAAACAGGCAUGGGAGAGCUCCACGGGGAAACCAGGUUCUGGCAUGGAAAGGACUACUGCAAUUUUGUCUUCAAAGACUGGGUUCAACUGGAUAAACCUUUUGCUGAUUUCAUUGACAGACACUCCACUCCCCGGAUGCCAUGGCAUGACAUCGCCUCUGCAGUCCACGGGAAGGCGGCUCGUGAUGUGGCCCGUCAUUUCAUCCAGCGCUGGAACUUCACGAAGAUUAUGAAGUCAAAAUAUCGAUCCCUUUCUUAUCCUUUCCUGCUUCCCAAAUCUCAAACAACAGCCCAUGAGUUGAAAUAUCAAGUGCCUGGGUCCGUCCAUGCCAAUGUACAGUUGCUCCGCUCUGCUGCUGAUUGGUCGGCUGGUAUAAAGUACCAUGAAGAGUCCAUCCAUGCUGCUUACAUCCAUGUGAUAGAGAACAGCAAGUACUAUAUCUAUAUAGAAAACCAGUUUUUCAUAAGUUGCGCUGAUGACAAAGUUGUAUUCAACAAGAUAGGUGAUGCCAUUGCUCAGAGGAUACUGAAAGCUCACAGGGAAAGCCGUAGAUACCGGGUGUAUGUGGUGGUACCACUGCUUCCAGGAUUUGAAGGCGACAUCUCAACCGGUGGAGGAAAUGCUCUGCAAGCCAUAAUGCACUUCAACUACAGGACCAUGUGCAGAGGAGAAAAUUCCAUCCUUGGACAGUUAAAAGCAAAGCUUGGCAAUCAGUGGAUAAAUUACAUCUCAUUCUGUGGCCUUAGAACACAUGCAGAGCUUGAAGGAAACCUAGUCACUGAGCUCAUCUAUGUCCACAGCAAGUUGCUAAUUGCUGAUGACAACACUGUUAUUAUCGGCUCUGCCAACAUAAACGACCGAAGCAUGCUGGGAAAGCGUGACAGUGAAGUGGCUGUCAUUGUGCAGGACACAGAGACGGUCCCUUCAGUGAUGGAUGGAGAAGAGUACCAGGCUGGCUGCUUCGCCCAGGGACUUCGGCUGCAGUGCUUCAGGGUUGUCCUUGGCUAUCUUUCUGACCCAAGUGAAAACAUUCAGGAUCCAGUGUGUGACAAAUUCUUCAAGGAGGUGUGGGUUGCAACGGCAGCUCGAAAUGCUACAAUUUAUGAUAAGGUGUUCCGGUGCCUUCCCAAUGAUGAAGUACACAAUUUAACUCAACUGAGAGACUUUAUAACCAAGCCCAUCUUAGCAAGGGAAGAUCCCAUUAGAGCUGAGGAAGAACUGAAGAAGAUCCGUGGGUUCUUAGUGCAGUUCCCCUUUUAUUUCCUGUCUGAAGAAAGCCUACUGCCUUCCGUUGGAACCAAAGAAGCCAUAGUGCCCACAGAGGUUUGGACUUAAGGGUGAUAUUCGUUUGCAGCUCCAAGGACUCCCACCUUGAAAAGUACACUGUACACAGUGACUUUAGGGAGAUCCUCACAGCUGCAGGCAGCCCUGACGCAUGCUGGGAUCCAUCCCAGGGACCCUCUGGAUUGGCUGGGCAGGGCUGCAGUCCUGAUAGAAGGCCACUGAACAUCAGGUGGGCUUUCUAACUCCUCCUGCUUAUCCUUGUGAAAAAGGGACUGUCUUCUUAUUGGUAGCUAUAUGCUUAACAACAAAUUCCAUGGUAUACACCAAAAUGCAUUUCCUUUGCUAACAAGAAUUUACCUGUGCCUGUGAUCUAGGUUGCCAGAAAUUGUCGGACCCUCCUUAUUUUUCUCUGACCCUCAUUAAUGCAGCCGAUGACUGCCGGACCUGCCCUCACUUCGUAGUACAUACAGACACGGUUCGAGACAUUGUUUAUUCCUAGAAGAUGUUGUGAUGCUGCUCCCAGGUGCUUCAGGGUGGCAGCGAGAUGCCCCUGCCCAUCUGGUCCUGCAGUAGGAGUGUCCACCCAAGCAAGGAUGUGGAUGUGGUCCUUAUCCCUUUCCAGUGACUGGAAGGACAGGGUGGAUGUUAUGUACACAGCAGCCCAAGUUGGGUGCUUCUGAUAACAUCAACACUAUAGAUCUUAACACCACAGAGCAAUAGGAAGGAAUUAAAUUUGGUUAUUGAGGCAGAGAUUUUACUUUGCCUCCAAAGGCAAUGACAAGAUACGGUCUUUUGGUAGGGCCCACCUGAUCAAAUUUGAAAACACGUGUAAGAUAUUUCAUUACACAGCAGCUGAUAAAACUGAGAGCACGCAGCCUUCAGAAGCCUCCAAGGUGGCCGUGGGGAUCUGAUCCAGACAAGAAAAGAUUCUUUAUAGUCCUGGAAAAUUUCCUAUCACCCUUAGCUGCUGGGUUGAUUGAAAUUUGAGUUUCUCCAUUUGAAAAUCAAACCAGUGAAUGCAAUUUGUCUUUCAAGAGAACUGGAGGCUUCAUAACUCCUACCAAAUUAAUAAGUAAAAGCCUGACCUUAUUUGACAUUCAGCUGUCAGCUAUGUUACCUUCUUUAAGAAGAAUUGAUUGCAAAAUACUUGCUACUUAACUUGUAUUAUUAAAUAUGCCUUAACAUUCCAAAUCAGCCUUCCAAAGAGGUUAGGAUCUUCAUUAAUUCACAUUGUCCCAGUCUAUGAAUUGUUCCGGAAACCCAUGUUUCCUUUGUGAAUAGUAGUAGUCCCUUUGGUACACCCCAGCUCUAAUGUUACUAAGCAGAACUGUUCUUACAGCCUGAAGAGCUGAUGUGGGUUCCCAAAAGGCCUGUGCCCAUAAAACAUGCUGUAGGCGCAUUGAUCACACAUGUAUGGAUUAUCGGGGCAGAAUCUCACUGGAGUCGUUCUUCAGAAAAAGCGAGGACCCAAUCCUUGUUUUCAUGGAGCCAGGAAGAGGUUAAACAGGAGUACAGAGUCAAUAAUCUGGGUGAGUAGGAAAGAGUGUCACACUCAGGAGAGGAUGUCACAGCUAGAGGACAUUUCACAAAUGAGGUGGGACUGUGCUUUAUGAAUAAAGAAUUUCUCGGAAGGCUGAAGAUGGUAGUGACUUCAUUCUAUAGCAGCUGUAAGUAAGACAUUUGCUAUUUCUGAAGUUUAGAUUGGCAUUUAGAGAGUUGAGUGGGCGUGGAAUACCUAAGGCUUUCUUAUGGUUUACUUUUACAUAGUUUUUCAACUGUAGAACAGUCAAUGCACUGGCUUUUAAUUUUGUGCAAAAUGCUCUCCUAACACCAUGAAAAAGAACAGCUUAAAAGGUCCUCCCCUUCUCAUAAAAAACAAGUCACUUAAUCCAGCCUCUCCUCAGAAACUGAGGCCCAGGUUGGUUGAAGGACUCACUUGAGUUCACCCAGCUGAGAGAUGGUGGAGGCGGGACCAGUGAAAUUGCUGUGGUUCAUCCGUGGCCUCUCCCUUGACGUGGUCAUUGUCCACAAGUGAGGAGAGGCAGUAAACAGAUUUCAGACAGGAUACCUCUAAGCCGUUUUGAACACCGUGAUAUCAUGUACUUAAGGUUCAUCUGUCUCCCCUGCUUGAAUGUAAGCUCCACGGGGCAGGAACUUUGCUGUGUUUUGUUCAUAGUAUAUCCUCUGAGCCUGGAACAGUGCCUGGCACAGUGGAGGUGCUCAGUAACUGCUUGGUGGGUGAAUAAACGAGGUGGAGGGGCGAGCUCAUGAAAUGCCAAACUUACAGAAUCUCAGACAAGAAAUGUUACUCUUGGUUUCUGGGCCCAGUUUCCUUUCUACUGCAUCCUCUCAAAGGCAAGAUAUUCUUCUGCAAAGAUGAGAGGCUACCAGCUUUACUUGGGUGGAUUUUCUGGAAGAUUCUGUGCAAUAAUUGCCUAUCUGCAAUAGCAGCUUCCGUAGGGCGGCUUUCUGCAAAAGUCACAUGGGGUGUGGACACGAGGUGUACUGCAUGGCCUAAUUAGCCAUCAUUCUGACACCACUACCACCUAAUAAUGGAAGUUCAAAUAACUUAUCUUUAACAUUGCAAUAUCUGGUAUCAACUUGAAAAUGCAUAAGAUUCAAAGCCUUGAAAAGCUGUUAUGAAUCUGCCCCACAUUUUAAAUCGACUGCAAUCUUCCGAAAUGACCCCAAAUGCUGUACCCCAUAAUCUGAUUAUCUCUGUAAUCAUUUUUAUUUUCAAGAAGGAAGAAUUCUGUAAUUAUACAAAAUGGUAGAAGGUAGAAUAGCCACUCAAACCAUCCAGAUUGUCCAAGCUUAGUCGUUGGACAGUACUCAACAUAGCAGAUCUGGUGCAGGCGUUUGCUCUGUAUCAAGUGUCCACUCGGUGACUCGCCCUUCCUUGGGAUGUUCUUAAUUCUCAACUCUUAAGGCAUCACACAGAGGCUUGGAGAGGCUGUCAUUAGAUAGUUGAGAGGCAUAUGGUAAAACAAAAUACUAGUUUUCUUUUAGUAGCACCUUUGGAAGAAAACUUCAUCUCUAGGUAGUCAAAAACAUGAGCAGUUCCUCUCUUGUGUACUAACUUGGGAAAUUGUAAUGUACCACGAGUGAUGAAAACAGCAGGUGGAGAAGCCUUUCUGCAGAUGCCAGCCUAUGGGCAGACCAGAUUUGUAUACUCAGGAAGAACCUGCCCUUCCUCCUGCAUCUCUUCACCCCUUAUUCCUUCAGCCUCGGUCCCCAAACAGAGCACCUCCGGAUUAUGUAAACCAUUUUAGAGGACAAGGAAAGGGUUUCUGAAAACAAACAAAAAACAACAACAAAAAAACCCAAAAUGAGGCCUCUACAACAAAUCUUCUGUUCACCUUACCCUCUUAAGUGACUGACAAAAUAUUAUUUUUUAAUAGAGGUAAUCGUCUUGUUAACAUCCCCGAUCUGAUAUGGCACUUGAGGGUUUUCUGAGGUCUGUCACCCUCUAUAACAGGGGCAAAGAGGAUCCUUCAUGUCUCAUCCCUCUCUACUCUGUCUUGUAUAAAAUGAGCAAAUGCUAAAGGACUUUAAGUGUGCUCAGGAAUACAUUUUUAUUUCCCUGGAAGAUCCUCUGAGGCCAAUUACUACUGGCAGUUUGGAGGUUUAAAAUGGAUGGGCCUUGAGAAAUUCUUGAAUCUAGAAAUGCACUAGAAAAGGAAUUCAGCAGCAGCUCUCAGAAAGUUGCAGGCGAGAAGUCAGUGAAUUCGCAUUAUUCUUAGGGGGGUGGGCAGGUACUAUAAAAUGAUCCCUAGUGGCAUCUAAUUCACAUGUGAGAUAGUGCUGACUUUGACUUGAGACUGGAAGCAUUCAUUAAAGGAACCGAAUGUCUUAUGACUUAAUUUCUUACAGGUUAUUUUUCCUUUAUACUAUUUUAAAUUUUUAACUUACAAACCGUAGUCAAACAUAAGGUAAAUGAAAAUUUGUCACGCUGAUCAUUUGGAAGUUGUAAAGUCAGAGACUGGGAUGGCAAUCCAAAAUGCAGGCUUGCUUACUCUUUUGCCAAGCUGCUAUAAUUGUUCAAUUUAUUCUUAAUAAAUGCACAUAAGUGAAUGUCACCCUACUUCUGCUUGACACAAAGAAAUAGAACAUCAUGCCCUCCUGAUGUAGACCUACUUGGAUUCUUCACACAAAAUAGUCUGGGCCAAAGGUGCUGAUAGUCUCCUAAACCACUCGAAAACUUCAUACCGAAGUUUUGCAGUUGGAGCACGUCACUGACACAAUAAAACAAAUAUCUGGCAAUGAACAUCCGUUCAGAAUAUUUUGAUAUUCUGGACAGAACUCAGACUCCUAGCCUCACCUCUACUGCAGCACUUGGCACACCAAGGCUGGGCCUCCUGUUUUUGUGAAUAAAGUUUUAUUUAAACACAGCCAUGUCCAUUCAUUUACAUGCAUUCGUGACCAAAUGAUCUGCAAAUUCUAAAAUAUUCACCAUCUUUUAAGAAAAGCCUACUGGUCCUUCCUCUAGAGAAAGCAAAGAAUGUCCAGACGGAGUACCUCAACCAAACAGAGUUGGAUGAGUUCUGUUCUCUUCCCUAACAAGGUUUUCAAGUCUCCUUAUCCCAGAGCCCAACAUUCUACAACGGAUUUAUUCUAAGAACAAGGUCGAGUCCUUUCAGGAAUAAAAUCACGUGGUUUUGGCUCUGGAAGAGAUGUUGUCAGCUAAAGCAGGCUUCUCCCAGCUGAGCACUCAUAAGCAUACAUGGUUGACAAUGUUUGUAACUAAAGUGUUAAAGAAAAAAAAAUGAGGAUGGAUAGCUGAAGGGUUUGUAUUCAGAAUGAGAACUGUGAACUCAGGAGACUCAGUUCCCUGUGAACUUUCCAUCCGUGAAGCAUUGGAAAUGAUCCAUGUAUCCAUUCUCUGCCUCACAAUCAAUGCUCUCUGUGCCUGGUUCCUUAACUGCUUUUUUAAAAUGUAAAUAUUCAUUAAUUAAAUAAUUAAAAGCGUGAAAUCA